AAAUGUUAAAGUAGAAAAACGCGUACGACGAGGAUAUUGUGAUUACACCUGGCAACAGAGAAAAGUUAAAUGUAGCGGUGACGAUUGCCGAUAAGGAAAGACUCGAAAACGAGACGGAACAGUAAAAGCCAUUUUUAUGCUCGGCACAAGUUCGAAUUCGGAAUGCCAGACUCGCAACUGCUCCAGUCAACCGAGCAACUUAUCCAAAUUCAAUAAAGGUUUUUGAGCUUUGAUCAGCGACAGACAUUCCCAGCGAUUGAUGCGUCGAAAAAGCCUCGACAACUGCGAAGGCAAAAUAGCAGUGCGAAGCAAAAAAAAGCCGUCGACGAAGAUACGUCCGAAAGCUCGCUUUCGGAGCAUCGAGGCGAAAGCGCUGCGCGCGCAGAAAUCAAUGCCGACGGUCGGAGCCGAGGUGGCGAGGGUGCAUGCGCCCCCGCGCAGCACUAUUCGACGCGCGAGUCUCCCGGGAGUCCGCGAGCGGAGCUUUCUCUGUGUCGCGCUGGCGCGAUGACGACAGCGCGAUAGGCGCGCAGCAGAGGCUCGACGCGAGCAAGAGGACGGAAGGAAAGUGCGCGGCGAGCGAAGAUGGACGAGAACCUGAGCAGGGGCUACGUGCAGCUGGGCAAGGCCCGGCGGAUGAACGAGUUCAAGUACAGCGAGAACGGCUUCGCCAGGAUCGCACCGCCGGUCGACAGGUGGAACCUCGUCUACCUGUCGCUCGUGCUCGCUGGCGCCGGUUUCCUGCUGCCCUACAACAGCUUCAUCAUAGCCGUGGACUACUUCCAAGCGAGAUAUCCAGGUACGACGGUGGUGUUCGACAUGUCGGUCGUCUACAUAAUGACGGCCUUUUUCGCCGUGCUGCUGAAUAACACUCUGGUCGAGACGCUCUCGCUGGGAACCCGAAUUACUUUCGGAUAUCUGGUGUCCUUUUUAACCCUGAACUUCGUCGUGCUCUGCGAAGUGUCGUGGGAGGUCUUUGGAGUCGCCACAUCCUACAACAUCAACUUGAUAGCUGUGGCCGUCGUAUCACUCGGCUGCACAGUGCAACAGUCCAGUUUUUACGGAUACACUUCGAUGCUUCCAAGCCGCUACACCCAGGCUGUCAUGGCUGGUGAAAGUGCGGCUGGAUUCUGGGUGUCGGUCAACCGAAUAGUCACCAAGUCUUUGGUGGAGGACGAGCGCGGCAACACAUCCAUGUUCUUCGCGCUGUCGAUCCUCACGAUCGUCAUUUGCUUCAUCCUGCAGCAGAUCAUCUACAAGACUGAGUUCGUCCAGUACUACAUAAACAUGUGCCAGGAGCGCAACAAGAUCACGCUCGAGCCGCAGGAAGAUGCUGGUUUGGUGAGGAUGGAUUUGGACCAAGGAGCUGAUCCUUCCAGAGGUCAAUACGGGAUACUGAAGUUGACGAGUCCCUUGGCUACCGAUUCCGCUAGCGGCAGUGCCGACAUGACUAACAAUGCAGGUCAAUUCUUCGAAUUCUCAUUCAGCAACCCAGUAUACGAUCCGAAUGCACCUACCACGACACCCGGCAGUGCAGGACCGACCUACAAAGUAGAGGAUAUUAUCGUGAUGCACGGCAACCACGGCACCACGCAGUCGAGAAUCAGCAAGCGCUUUGCCGGAGUCAGACGUGGAUUGAUCGCGAGAAUGGAAGUCGCGAAGCUCAUCUACCCUUACAUGACCAGCAUCGGUAUCGCUUAUUUCGUCACGCUGUGCUUGUAUCCGGGAAUCAUCUCGGAGAUAAUCUCGUGUAGAUUCGGCUCGUGGAUGCCGGUGAUACUGAUGACUUCGUUCAACGGCGCAGACCUCACUGGCAAGAUGCUGGCAACUUUACCUGUCCAGUGGACACGCUCGCAACUGAUGAAUUUCUCGUGUGCGAGAUUCUUGAUGAUUCCGCUGUUCCUUAUGUGCGCCAUUCCGAGACGCGCGCCUGUACUCUCUAACGAGCUCUUUCCCGUCAUUUUGUCCGUGAUUCUGGGCAUUACCAAUGGCAUCGUCGGCAGCGUACCCAUGGUCCAAGCGCCCAGCAAGGUUUCCGAGGAGUACCGCGAGUUGGCUGGCAACAUCAUGACCCUAUCUUACACCACGGGUUUGACCUUUGGCUCGAUCCUCGCUUACAUGCUGGACGCCCUCCUGGGAGCUCCGUUGACCGCCAAGCAAAUCUGUCCGAAGCCGGAUAUCUCCGCGGCGAUAAACGUCUCGCCCAUGAGCGUGUCCAACGUGACGCUGAAUCUCCUGAGCACGACCGCCACAACUCUGAGCUCUGCGCCGUCGACGACACCGAGCGCAACGACGUUCACGCUGUCGACACUCGGCAGUACUCUGGCGGCCAUCGAAAAGGUCUCGAAGAAGGUCAACGCAAGCUUGAAGCGGGCGAGCAAGGCGCCGAAAAUCAGGACCACCGCCACGACGUUGUUCGGCCUCGCGUCGACGGCCUUCGUUACGAGUGGCACCUCCGAGGCUAUUUUUGGCGUUGACAUGGCGAACGCCACGAGCACCGCCUUGCCGAACCUCCUGGCGAACGUUACGAUGGGCGUGAGCAACGCGGUGAGAGAUCGGUUUUGAAGGGGAGUCGCCUAGAAGUAGCAUAGCCCUUUGAUUGAUCAGAUGCAGGUCGUGGAUAGGUAGGUUCUCGGACCCAGCGAUCCCUGUACAUCAUUUGGACGUUGUUUUGGCGAGAUUGCGCGGACGAACUUUGACUUGAGCAUGCGAUAAACAGGUAACAAUAAUUCACUUCCAUUUUCUUCGAGCGUGCGCAGUCAAUUUGUCUUGAUGAACGCGAGAGCACCACGUUUUACUAAUAGUACUUUCCAUUCGAGAAGUGGAGAUCUUUAGGCUGUGGUGACUUAGUCCAUUCGGAUCAACUUAUCGUAAAACAAAGGAGAGACUGGCUAACGAUACUUUACUGCGAUGGGACUUCAUAUCAAUUCUAUUUCUUCCUUAAAUAUGCAUAUCCCUGACCAAAAUCAGCUGAAGAUAUCUUCGCGAAGAAUUUGAUGUAGCUGCCUUUUAUGGGAGCAAAGAAAAUUUGUCCACGAUAAUGUAUCAACCUGUGAAUAUUUCGGUGAAGAAAAACGCAAGUGCGUAGAUGUUCCACAAACACUAGAAUUUACGUGGUCGGAAUAGUCGUGAUAUCACGAGUAACCGAGGAUCAGGAGCUUUUUUUACGUGUGUGUCUCACUCUCUCCUGAUAGAAUGUCACUAUAAGUAUAUCUUAUUUAAUCUUCCGACAAAUAUUAUUCAGCUACUUUCUUGUAGAAAAACAAAAUGUGACGUGAUGAAUUGAUCUUCAAAGUAUUUUAAUGAGUUUCAUUGCUGCUAGAUCUCACUGAAGAUUUAAUUCUCAAUGAAUCGUGUCUUCAUUUACUUUAGUUAUUGACACAUUUCAGAUGAGUUUUUUUAGAAGUGGCUUGUAAAUAAAGAAAAUUUGAGCUUGUUGAUGAAAUAUUUUUUCGGAGAUUGAAGUAUAAACUGAUUAUCUAAAGUGACGGAAGAUGGCAUAAUAACUAGAAAUUUUUUGUUUGUGGAGUUUAACAGUGUUUUCAUACUGAAUAUUUAAAGCUAAUUGUUGCAAAUUUGUUAUUAUAUAUUUAUUAACUCGUAAACCAACAAUCGGUCAUUAAUUUUUCUUGUAAAAAUAUUUAUUCUUUUGUUCAUUGAGAAGAAUGUGUGCAUAACUACAGUUAAAUUGCAGAGUGUGAAGAUUUAUUUCAACGUUAGAAAAAAAAUAAUAUAAUAUUUACGAGGAAUGAUUAUUUAGCGAAACUGAUCGAAUGUACAAUAAAUUAGAAAAAUUGUUGGUACAAAAGUAUGGAAUACUAUAAAAUAAAAAGAAAUUUUUCGAAAUUUUCACUUUCACUAAAUACUGUUAGAUUAACGUUUAGAGCACUGUGAUUUUAAAAGCUUGUUAUACAAAUUAUUUUGCGUAUAAUUAUACUUAAAUAUUGGAGAAAUCUUAACUACGUAGCUAUAAAAGAAUCUUUAGAAAUACUGUAUAUAAGUGAAUUGUCAAAUUAAUAAAAAAGAUGCUUUUUCUCGUUGUAGCGCGAUGUUCUAACAUUUGACGAAAUUUUGAAUUAUGUUGAAACGGUAUAUCAAUCCAUUUCAUGCACCUAAAGCAGGUAUAUCUGAAAAUGUGUUUUUGUAAUCAAAGUUAAAAAAAACUGCGAUGAUGUGGAAGAAUUUUCUGCGGUCUAUAACUAUUAAUCUAUAAAAUAUUUGUAAUUGAAUACUUCCAAUUUGCUUUAGAACAAGAUAUUUUUGUAUUAUCAUUUUACACGGCAUUACCACAGAAUGAAAAGCUGCAAUGACGAUAACACUAUAAUAGAAAUAAUUUUACUGAUCUAUAGGACAGCAAAGAAAAAUAACAAUUCAUCCUGAAAGUCAAUGUUACUCAUAGGAGAAGAAUCUAAACAGAAAUAAUAGUGUUUAGACAAUGACGUUGCAAGUGGGAAAAGUAAAUUUGUAAGGAAGAACAUUAUUUUAGCUGCUGAAAUACUCUAAAUAUAACUUAAAUUUAACUAUACAUCACAAAUUCCUUUGAACGAAUUUUUCAGUUUGAUAGAAUGAUAGCUUCAUAGCUAAUUCUAUAUUUUUAUUUUUUAUCUCUAAUCGAAUCUAGAAUUUCGGUCAAUUGAAGACCGAGUGAACAUGCGCUAAUCCAUUGUUGCUUUGAAAUCGUUCAUAUAAUGUUUUGUUCAUAAAUUAUACUGUAGACUUUUGUCAAACCCAGACGAAAGCGGAUCUCGAGCUGCCACUUGCAGAUCGAAAUUAUUAUGUACAU